ACUACUGCAUGUGGCGAUUAUAAAUAAGUAAUCUGCGCUCAUUCUAUUCUCUUCUUUCUUCUCCUCCCUAUUUGACUGUGUAACAGUCUUAUAGCCACCGUUCUUCAACGCCGAGGAGGAGUUUCCGGCAACUAAUUAGGUUUGAAUUUAAGUAUACAUAAUAAUGGGCGGGGGAGUAGGCGGCGGCGGCUCAUCUUCUUCGUCAUCAUCUCCGUGCGCCUCCUGCAAAUUGCUAAGGCGGCGGUGUGCCAAAGACUGCAUCUUCGCCCCGUAUUUCCCUCCCGACGACCCUCACAAGUUCGCCAUCGUCCACAAGGUCUUCGGCGCCAGUAACAUCAGCAAAAUGCUUCAGGAGAUCCCGGUCCACCAAAGAGGCGACGCCGUGAGCAGCCUGGUGUACGAGGCGAACGCGAGGAUGAGAGAUCCCGUGAACGGAUGCGUGGGCGCGAUUUCGUACCUGCAGAACCAAGUGGCGCAGCUGCAGCUCCAGCUGGCGGUGGCCCAGGCCGAGAUCCUGCGCCUCCACCAGCUGCAUCAGCAGCAACAACAACAAACCGCCGCCGCCAUCUUGCCGGUGGCUCAUAUCUACUGCGGCGGCGGUGGGGGUGACGACGACCACCAACCACCGCAGCCGUUGCCAGUUUCGUCCCUUGUUGCGUCGUCGCCGUCGGCAACUGCGGCCGCCGUGGCGGCAAAUAUGAACGGCGGCGCAAGUUUGACUAGCUUUGGCAGCCUUCAGCCGCUGCAGUACUAAUUAAUAGCCUAUUCUACAUUUUCGCCAACAAAAAAAAAAGUUAAUUAUAUAUUACUAGUAGUGAUUAAUUUAAAUUAUCACUCGAUAAGUACGUGUUGUAAAUCAAAUCAUCAUAAUAUAAUAUUAUGGCUUGGCUAUCUGCGCUAGCUAAUCGUUUCUUUUGCUUUGCUUUUGCUUGGAUGAGAAGAAACUCUCCAUCAAAUGAUACAUAUUAUUCGGGUUAAAAUAUACUAUUGGUCUUUUA